AUUUUGUGGAUAGUGAGGGUUGUAGUAGAAGGGUUAGGAAAAUCGACCCACCACAGCAUUCAGAAGUUUAUAAUCCGGUGGGUUCUUGUAACGGGCUGUUAUGCUUAUCCUUUCCCUUAAUCGGUGGUUCAUCAGAGUCUCACAGUCUGCUAAUUUACAAUCCUUUUGUUGGAGACGCUGUGAGAGUCCCACCAGCGAACCAAUUUCUAAAUCAACUUGAAGUUUUUGGAUUUGGGUUUCAUCCGAGGACAGGACAAUUCAAAGUGGUCAGGAUUGUGUGGCACGAGAAGAUCAUGAAGGUAGUAGACCCGGCGCUAGAUGUGGAAGAAGUGGAUGAAGAAUUCGCCACCGUUUAUGAAUCAAUGGUUCAGGUGUGUACCGUAGGAACAACAGAGUGGAGAAACAAAGGAGCUCCGCCUCCACAAUUGGCGAAUGAAAUCGGACCACCUGAAGCUUUAGUUGAAGGAUCUCUCCAUUGGCUGACUGUUGUUGGGAUAGGAGGAAUCGAUCCUAUCUUCGGUAUUAUCUCCUUCGAGCUUGCAAAUGAGGUGUUCGAAGAAAUUCCGCACCCACCUUGUCAAAGACUUGUGUCACGUGGCUACAAUCUUUCCGUGCUCAAUGGGUGUCUAUCGGCAGAUGGGUUAGUUGAUGCUGUGCAUUUUGAUAUCUGGGUGAUGAAGCAAUAUCGUUUUAAGGAAUCACGUGGCUACCUAGAUUGGCUUGCAUAUUGAUAGGUUUAAGUGGAAUGAGCUUAAACCUACUGAUUAAAAUAUCAAUAUUUAUUUAUAGUUAAUUAUGUUUUUAAGUUUUGCAUGGCAUUUAUGCAUCAGAACGUCAAUUUGGUUCUUGCUGCUAGUCUUUUGUUAGUGAUUUCAAUUUGUGAAUAUGCUGCUAUUUCUUUUGAGUCACCUAUUUUAUUGCAUCC